GGGCUCUUGGUCACCGAUUUGUUUGCCUUGCAGACGGACCAGCAGGCUGAGGCCCGGUCCUACCUCAGCGAGGAGAUGAUUGCUGAGUUCAAGGCUGCCUUUGACAUGUUUGAUGCUGACGGGGGUGGUGACAUCAGCACCAAGGAGCUGGGGACUGUCAUGAGGAUGUUGGGACAAGCGCCCACCAAGGAGGAGUUGGACGCCAUCAUAGAGGAGGUGGACGAGGAUGGCAGCGGAACCAUCGACUUUGAAGAGUUCCUGGUGAUGAUGGUGCGGCAGAUGAAGGAGGAUGCCAAGGGCAAGACCGAGGAGGAGCUGGCCGAGUGCUUCCGCAUCUUCGACAG